UUUGCCGAUAGAUGGCACUGGCACCGGCAGUGUGCACCGGCUGAUGGCGAUCAGCUGCGCUAGAUGGCACUAGGGGUCAGGAGCAGCUGACUGCGAUCAGCUGUUGGCCGGAGAUAGGAGAAUGGUGCGGCACUGAGUUGGUAUUGGGGGAAUUGCGCGUUACAAUGAAUACACGAGGAAGCAGGAAGAAAAGUGAGCUGUUGCUUGAUACGCGAGAACACAACAAAAGUGGCGACGAGUGAUCGAACUGCCUUUGCUUUACUGUGGCACUACUUUCUGCUGGUGUGCCUUGAUAUUUCUCCUGCUUCUCAAGAUCUGUAUUUUUCGGUGCGAAUAUUGAUAUGGAUCUACUGGCUGGCGCCCCACCUGCCUUCUUGCCCACCCCAGGUGAGCCGCGAGUGCCCUGGGUGCAGUGGAUAGCUGCUUUUGAUAAUUACCUUCUUGCAAUGGGGGGUGAUACCUUUCCCCCAGGGCGCCAGAAAGCCAUUUUACUGCACUGCUUAGGCCUUGAGGGCCAACGGAUUUACCAGAAUUUGCCUGAACUGGUAAAAACAGAGAAUGAAACUGAAAUGGCUUAUACGAAAAGGAAGCUGCAAGAGUUCUUUGUGCCCAAGACAAAUAUAGUGGCAGAACGUUAUCGGUUCCGCAGCAGAGGUCAGUUGAGUUCUGAGAGCACAGCCCAGUGGGUCAGUGUACUACGACAAAUGGCUGUGUCCUGUGACUAUGGUGACAAAACUGAUGAAUUUAUCCGUGAUCAAGUCGUGGAGAAAACAGUAUCUGGCAAGCUACGUCAACGCUUGCUGAUGGAGAGUGAUUUGACUCUUACCAAAACUCUGCAGCUGGCGGAAACAGUCGAAACAGCUGACAGGGAGGCCCAGGCGUUGCAGCACAGGUCUCCUGCAGAAGUUCGGCUUCUCCAGCAACCUGGUGGUCGACGGGGUGGUUCCGGUCCAGGUGCCCGAGCUGGGCCAGUGCAUCCAGCUGCUUCAGCGAGACGGCCUGGACCUGGGCUCCAUGCCCAGCCGGCACGAGCACCGCCCAGGCAGGCAGCUUCUACAGCAAAUCAGCCCGCUAGUGCUACUAGAUCUACUCUGCCUGCUACUCAGCCAGAGUGGAGUUUCCAGUCAGACAGCCGAGCCGGCUCACAGAGACAGUGUCAGCUCACCGAUCAGUGGGUACCAGCAUGAGGUCACGAUCGACCCGACGAUUCCACCUGUACGACAGGGCCUGAGGCGCCUUCCUCUCUCGGUUCGUGAUGAGGUUAGUGCUCGUCUCAGAGAACUAGAAUCACAAGGGGUGAUAGAGCGUAUACAUGCGAGUUCUUGGGUCUCUCCGAUUGUAGUGGGAAAGAAAAGAAAUGGGUCUAUUCGGAUUUGUGUUGACAUGCGACAGGUCAACCGUGCUGUCAUUACUGAUGCGUAUCCGAUCCCACAUAUGGAUGAUGUGCUCUCGCGUCUUCAUGGGUCUGCUGUGUACUCAGUAUUCGAUUUAAAGGAUGCGUACCAUCAGGUGGAAUUACACCCAAGGUCGCGGGAUCUGACGGCAUUUAUCACGCACGAAGGGCUGUUUAGGUACGUGAGGUGUCCAUUUGGUCUCGCGUCCAGUGGACCGGCAUUCCAGGGGAUCAUGAACGAUAUGCUCCGCGGUAUAGAUGGAGUAGAGGUCUACCUUGAUGACGUAGUAGUUCAUGCUGCGACUCAAGUAGAGCACGAUCGCCGAGUAGCGCAGGUGCUGGAGGUUUUCAGGCGACAUAACGUACAAGUGAACCAUGCGAAGUGCGUGCAGAGUGCUAGGAGCAUUCAUUUUUUGGGCUUCAUCGUCUCUCAAGGCAGGGUUGAACUGGACCCUGAGCGUCUUGCUCCACUGACUGAGGCACCAGAGCCAGACAGUGCUGCCAAACUGCAGUCAUUCCUUGGCGCUGUCGGGUUCUACUCUAAAUUCGUACCGCAGUUUUCCACGAUGGUCGAACCGCUACGGCGAGCGGUCCAGCGGGAACCAUUCGAGUGGUCCACUGAUCUGUCUAGACUGGUCAGUGAGGUCAAACAGGCGGUGAUUAGGUCCCCAUCAUUAGCACUUUUUGAUCCGAGCUUACCUACUGUAGUCACUACUGAUGCAAGUGACGUAGGCCUCGGGGCUUACAUUAGUCAGUUCAAGGGUCGUGAGGAGCGUGUGGUCGCUUACGCUUCACGUUCGCUCUCUGCAGCGGAGCGGUCGUACAGCACAGUGGAGAAGGAAGCCUUAUGUUGUGUAUGGGCGGUAGAGAAAUGGCACACGUUUCUCUGGGGACGCCGUUUUCUACUUCGUACAGAUAACCAGGCGUUGUGUACGAUAUUUGGGCCCAAAGGUUCAACACGUGCAGGGAGACGUAUCGCGCGCUGGGAAGCGAGGCUUCUGGCGUACAGUUUUGACACUGAGUAUGUGCGAUCGGCCCAGAACGGCGUGGCGGAUGGUCUGUCCCGCCUACCUGUUAGGGACUCUGAGUGGGAGGAUGACGAUAGUAUUGAGAUAGCAGCGCUGUACAGUGACAAUGGUGCUCCUAACGCCAUAUCAGAGUCUGAAUGGCGACAGUAUAGUGCAGAUGAUAGUACUUUUCAGUUGCUUAGAGGUCAUAUACAGUCAGGGCGAUGGCCUCGCCGAUGCUCGGCAGAACCCGAGCUGCAGCCAUACUUUUCGGUUAGAAUGGAGUUGAGUUGCCAGGGUUCGCUGAUCUUUUGUGGUGACAGACUGGUUGUGCCGACGACUUUGCGACGUCGUGUGGUGCAGCUCGCCCACGAGACGCAUCAGGGCUUGGUGCGAACUAAACGUAGAUUACGUGACAGGUACUGGUGGCCGGGUGCUAGCCGGGAGGUUGAUGAGGCGCUGCGGUCUUGCCAGCUUUGUGCGGUUCAUUCAAAGUCGGCAGUGCCCUGUAGUCCUCCUCUGCAGGCAAUACCUCUACCGCCCGGGCCGUGGCAGCACCUAGAGUGUGAUAUCAUUGGACCCCUGCCCGGUCCAGCUAGUGAGCGUUUUGGUCUGGUUCUAGUCGAUGUGUAUAGUCGUUGGCCUGAAGUGGCGUUUGUUUCCGAGGUGAAAUCUACCCAGGUGAUUGAGUUUCUAGAAGCCGUGUUCUCACGGGAAGGAGUACCUUCCAAGCUCCAGACAGAUAAUGGACCUCAGUUUUGCUCUAAGGAGUUUCAGGACUGGUUGCGUUCUUACAAUAUUACAUAUGCACGUAGCUCUACCUACUCACCGCAGACAUGUGGGAUGGUCGAGAGAUUAAAUCGCACUAUCAAGGAGUCUGUGGCGACGGCACGCCUGAUGGGAAAGCCAAGGGCUGCUCAUGUCCGAUCAUUCCUUCAGGUGUACAGGAGCACGCCUCAUUCUGCUACUGGUAUUUCGCCAUUCGAGGCGAUGCGUGGGGGCAGACGAAUGCGUACGCGUGUAGACUCGAGUGUAGUGCCUGCUGAACAUGUGAACGACGCUCGCGUGCGGGAUCGUGUGAAUGCAUAUCAAAGCCGGUAUGUAAACAGGCACAAUGCACGUUGUCGGCGAACUCUGUUACCCACAUGGGAAGUCGGAGAUUUGGUGCGUGUGAGAGAUCCGGUAGCCAAGGCGCGUGUGUAUGGUGAGGUCCUUCGUGUGGUGCGGCGCACAGGGCCAGUGAGCUAUCAGUUGUCGGACGGUCAGCGGGUGCAUGCCCGGCGACUAGUGACUGCGCGGUCCUUACCAGCAAAUGAGGAUGCAGAUGUUCUGUGGCCUGUAGACGUGGGAGGGCCGAGCCGGGCGGAGACGGUGGCGGUGCCUCCAGUUCGUCGGUACCCGGAGCGUAGCAGACGGGAGCCCGAUAGGCUGACUUAUCACUGAGCGACUGUAUGUGUUUGUUCUGCGCUGCGUUCUGUACUGUACCUAUGCAUUGUAUAUUUCAGAGGGGGACGAUGUUGGGUUUGCCGAUAGAUGGCACUGGCACCGGCAGUGUGCACCGGCUGAUGGCGAUCAGCUGCGCUAGAUGGCACUAGGGGUCAGGAGCAGCUGACUGCGAUCAGCUGUUGGCCGGAGAUAGGAGAAUGGUGCGGCACUGAGUUGGUAUUGGGGGAAUUGCGCGUUACAAUGAAUACACGAGGAAGCAGGAAGAAAA